UCUGAAUGUUCAAAAACUUGCAGUGGUGGAAUAGUAACAUUAUACAGAACCUGUAAUAAUCCACCUCCAGCAUAUUACGGUCGAAAUUGUAUUGGUAUCAGCAACUACACCGAAGACUGCUCAAAUGAUAUUGUUUGCCCAGUUAAGGGUGAUUGGUCAAAGUGGUCGAAAUGGUCACUAUGCAAUCAACCAUGUAAUGGUGGUGUAAUAACUAGAUCUCGUAAUUGUACAAAUCCGUCUCCAAAGUAUGGUGGUACCUAUUGUUUUGGAGACUAUACUCAGUCUGAAGCAUGUUCCAUAAAAAGUUGCAAAGCAGUUAAUCUAAAUUUGAUUGUUACUUUUUUUGAUGAAAUAUAUGAUGAUAGCUAUCUUGAUUUGACGUCGCAUCUUUCUUUUGACCUUACAGAAAAAAUUAGAAAUUCGAUAAAAAACCUUUACAAAACUUAUGAGAGAAAUGUGACCUUUAGGAUUGCAAUACAUUCUAUAAAGUAA